GAAUGAGUUUCCUCUUCGUCUUCUUCCCUGGCCACAACAACAACGACUCUCCUUCUCCGUCAACGGCAACGGCAACGACUCUCUUCCGCUCCAGAUCUUCCCGUCUCCUCCUCUCCAAAGCCCAAUCCACAAUCUCAAUCUGCAUCCUCCUCCUCCUCCUCACCCUCUUCCUCUUCACUCUCUCAACCUUCGAACCUUCCUCCUCCGUCUUCCCCACCGUCUCUCCCCGUCGAUUCCUCCUCUCCCGCGACGUCGCCGGAGCUCGCCGUCCCCUCAACCACCGCUUCGCUCUCCAGGGGAUGGGCGCUCUGUUCAUGAGAGGAACCAAGAGCAUGCACGACCUGAUCGUCGCUCAUAUCGCUUCCGAUACGACGGAGCGAGAUCUCCGCCUCUUCGUCCGGUUGCUUCACCGCUCCGGAGCCACUUCCCGAUCCGACGUCGUUUUGCUAUUCAGUAAUAAUUCUCAGAGAUUCAACCGUUUGAUCGAAGAAGAGAACAACUCGUUCUCGAAACUCGUUAAUCUGUACCGGAACUCGAAUCAAACCGACUCGGUUUGGUCCCGGUUUACGAGGAACCAAUCGAAGAAGGACGCGUCUGAGCCUAUCUGGGGGAAGAAGACACACCGAGCUAAUAAUAACGAGACCGAGUCAAACGAGUUGACUCACGGCUCGGUCGUGGGCUUCGACGUGGCCGAGCUGGACCCGGAAAACUCGCUAUCGGGCUUCAUGGACCACGACGUCCCGAUUGCCUUGAGGAGAUGGGCCUGUUACCCAAUGCUUCUCGGACGAGUCAGACGCGACUUCAAGCACGUGAUGCUCGUCAACGCGAAGACCUCACUGUUCCUCGGCGACCCGUUUACCCGGGUUCGUAACCGGAGCCCCGAGUCAGUCCUCUUCUUCAAACACGGUAAUAACAAGAUUAACCCGGCGGUUAUCAUCGGUGGAGCGAAAGGGAUCAGGAGGCUAUCGAGCGCCAUGCACACCGAGAUCGCGAGAGCGACGAUGCAGCAGCAGCAGCGCAAGAGAAAAAGCUCGGUGUCGGAAUCGGGAGUGCUGAGUCAGCUCGUUGGGAAUGUUCAUAUGACGAAGGGCUUUGAGGUGGUUGGUCCGAGUGAGGUGAUUGCGGAAGCGAGCUCGCUCGCUGAGCUGAGGACGAGAAACUCUGCGGCGGCUUUGUCGUUGAAUAAGAGUAAUGAUAUAGUACAACGCGGUAAUAGUAAUCAUUUGGACAUUACGGCGACUAUUAUGAAACGUGUUUGUUCGUCUGAGUUGGAUGCUUAUGUUUAUAGUUACUGUUAGUUAGCAUUGAUUAUUAUUAUAUUUUUUUGGUAAUUUUAAAAAGAGUAAACAUAAAACAAAAAUAGGGGGAUUUUUGGUUAUUCAAUUAAUAGAUUUUUGUAUAUAUCUGACAGUUGUUAUCUUCUUAGAUUUUAUAUUUGGAUGUUUAUUUAGGUCCACGUUCUGUAUUCGUUUUGGACCAAAUAAAAUUAUUAU